GGAUUUAGCAGCAACUGUCCCUCUGGCUUACUGUACACACCUGAGGACCCAGGACGCAGGACACAGCCAGCAGCUGCAACCUGGACUCUGCAGACGGCCCAGCAUCCUGAACAAUGCUGCUCGCCCUGUACACCUGUCUCCUCUGGCUGUCUACCAGUGGCCUCUGGACUGCUCAGGCUAAGGACUCUGAUGCUGACAUGAGCGUAAGGAGCCAGCACCGGGACCUGGCUCCAAACAAUGUUGACUUUGCCUUUAGCCUGUACAAGCACCUAGUGGCCUCAACCCCCGGCAAGAAUGUCUUCAUCUCCCCUGUGAGCAUUUCCAUGGCCUUGGCUAUGCUUUCCCUGGGGGCCCGUGGCUACACAAGGGCCCAGCUUCUCCAGGGCCUGGGCUUCAACCUCACUGACACGUCUGAGGCCAAGAUUCAUCAGGGUUUCCGGCACCUCCAUCGCCUCCUCAGGGAGUCAGACACCACCUUGGAAAUAACCAUGGGCAAUGCCUUGUUCCUCAACCAGAGCCUGGAGCUGCUAGAGUCCUUUUCCGCAGACACCAAGCAUUACUAUGAGUUGGACACCGUGGUGACAGACCUUUGGGACUGGGCCAGAGCCCACAAGCAAAUCAAUGAGCACAUCAAGAACAAGACACAAGGGAAAAUUGUGGACUUGUUCUCCGAGCUGGACAGCCCAGCCAUGCUCAUCCUGGUCAACUACAUCUUCUUCAAAGGCACAUGGGCACACCCCUUCGACCUGGCAAGCACCAAAGAGGAGAACUUCUAUGUGAAUGAGACGACCCUGGUAAAGGUGCCCAUGAUGUUCCAGUCGAACGAGAUCAAGUACCUCAAUGACCCGGUGCUCCCCUGCCAGCUGGUGCAGCUGGACUACCUGGGCAACGGCACCGUCUUCUUCAUCCUUCCAGACAAGGGGCAGAUCGACGUGGUCAUCAAGGCACUGAGCCGGGACACCAUGCAGAGGUGGUCCGAUUCCCUGACCAGUGGCCCGGUGGACCUGUACAUCCCGAAGGUCUCCAUCUCGGGAGCCUAUGACCUUGGGGGCCUCCUGGAGGACAUGGGCAUUGCAGACCUGCUCACCAACCAGGCCAACUUCUCAGGCAUCACUCAAGAAGCCCAGCUGAAGGUGUCAAAGGUGAUCCACAAGGCCACGCUGCAACUCGAUGAGAAGGGGGUGGAGGAAGCUGCCCCAACCAGAGUCUCCCGAAACGAGGCGUCCGAGCCUCUCACCAUUCACUUCAACCGGCCCUUCAUCAUCAUGAUCUUCGACCACUUCACGUGGAGCAGCCUCUUCCUGGUCAAGGUUGUGAAUCCAACCUAAGCGUCCACCUUCCCCAGAGCCACCACAGAAAGGACAUGUGAGGAGGGAGGGCCUCAGUCCUCUCCAGGUUCUCCUCUGAAAUUAUUGGCAUUGUGACUGACGACAGGGUAUUGAAGGAGAAAGGUGGGGCACCUGACAGAAUCUGAAUCAUAGCCACAUAGUGUAGUCACGUGAUUUUGGUUUUUGAUCCUUGAAUUAUGGUUAAGUAAUCAUAUGCGGCAGCUGGGGGAAGGGUAUAUGGAAGCACUAUUAUUUUUGGAAAUUGUGUAAGUUUGAAAUUCUUUCUAAAUAAAAACUUUAAAAAGAAAUCAUGUAAGCCAAAACACAACAGGAAGACAUUUUCAAAGUGCUAGGGGGGAAAUGUCAUUAUCUUUCAAAAAGAAAAAACAAGUCUUCAAAAAUGAAGGCAAAGUAUUUUUUUAAGAUAAACAAAGCUGAGAAAAUCUAUCAGCUUCACUAAAGAAAUUUUUUAAGUAGUUUUUAGGCAGAAAAAAAGAUGACUCAAGAUGGAAACCUGGACCUAUACGAAAGAAUGAAGAACACUUGAAAGGGCAAAUACUUAUGUGGAUAAAACAAAACAUCUUAAAAACAUCUUUAAAGUAUAAUUACUGCUUAAAGCAGAGAAAGUUAUCAAUGAAUGUGUUGCUUCUCACCUCUUAAUCCUCCCUUCAUUGCUGCUCUGCAAAAAUGAAUCUGGGCCUUUUAAAUAUUUUUGUGUUGCCUGCUGGGCAUGAUGCUAAACUUUGUCAGUAGAGGGCUGAUAGAGUGACAUUGAGGAAGAGAGGCCUUACCCUCCUGGUUAAGGGCAAAGGGUAUUAAAUGAGAUAAAAGAACUGAACUGACUGACUGACGAACAGAUAGACGUAUAAAUAGACGUAAUAGAUAUGAUAGAUAAAUAGAUAAAAGAUAAAUAGAAGACAGCUAAACAGACGGAUAGGGCAUAUAUCUUGAAAAAUAAGAAUUGAAGGGUACUUCCUUAAAUAUACUACUUAUCCCAUAUAUACCUGAACCUGAAUCCUAAAGCCCUAAAGCCAUUGUAUUACUUAGUAAGAAAACAUGAGUAUUCCCACUAAGGUCAAGAGUAAGACAAGGCUGCCCGUUAUAUCUACUACCAUUUUGCAUUGUCCUGGAGGGAUUAGACUGUGUAAUUAGAAAGAGAAAGCAAAGGUGCAGAUGGCAUUUAAUAUAUUUGCUUAGCCCUAGCACAACAAUGAUUAAACAAACUCAAACAAUGAAAGAAUUCAGCCUAAUAUAAGGAAAAGGAAUUCACAUGCAAAAACAGACCUUCAUACACACAA